AUUCGGGAAUUACUGCCCUGCCGCCGACUAAGUUGCAUUCCUUGAAUCUUCGCAGAAAAGACAAUUCUUUAAUCAGAGUUAGUAGUAAUGUGGACAGUACAAAACCGAGAGAGUCUGGGGCUUCUUUCUUUCCCUAUGAUGAUUGCCAUGGUCUGUUGUGCACACAGCACCAAUGAGCCCAGCAACAUGUCAUACGUGAAAGACACAGUGGACAGAUUGCUCAAAGGAUAUGACAUUCGCUUGCGGCCGGACUUUGGAGGUCCCCCAGUGGACGUCGGGAUGCGGAUCGAUGUCGCCAGCAUAGACAUGGUCUCCGAAGUGAACAUGGACUAUACACUCACCAUGUAUUUCCAACAGUCAUGGAAAGACAAAAGACUUUCUUACUCUGGAAUUCCACUAAACCUCACAUUAGACAACAGAGUAGCUGACCAACUCUGGGUACCAGACACCUACUUCCUGAAUGACAAGAAAUCAUUUGUUCAUGGAGUUACAGUGAAGAAUCGAAUGAUCCGACUACAUCCUGAUGGAACUGUUCUCUAUGGACUCAGAAUCACAACCACAGCUGCAUGUAUGAUGGACCUACGGCGAUAUCCUCUGGAUGAGCAAAACUGCACCCUGGAAAUUGAAAGUUAUGGCUAUACCACUGAUGACAUUGAAUUUUACUGGAAUGGAGGAGAAGGAGCAGUAACUGGAGUUAAUAAAAUUGAGCUUCCUCAGUUUUCAAUUGUUGACUACAAGAUGGUGUCUAAGAAGGUGGAGUUCACAACAGGAGCAUAUCCACGACUGUCACUAAGUUUUCGUCUGAAAAGGAACAUUGGUUACUUCAUUUUGCAAACCUACAUGCCUUCCACGCUGAUUACAAUUCUGUCCUGGGUGUCUUUUUGGAUCAAUUAUGAUGCAUCUGCAGCCAGAGUGGCACUAGGAAUCACAACGGUGCUGACCAUGACAACCAUCAGCACUCACCUCAGGGAGACGCUGCCAAAGAUCCCUUAUGUCAAAGCAAUUGAUAUUUACCUGAUGGGUUGCUUUGUGUUUGUAUUUCUGGCUUUGCUGGAAUAUGCCUUUGUUAAUUAUAUCUUCUUUGGAAAAGGCCCUCAGAAAAAGGGGGCUGGAAAACAAGACCAGAAUGCCAAUGAGAAGAACAAACUGGAAAUGAAUAAAGUCCAGGUUGACAGCCACGGCAACAUUCUCCUUAGCACCCUGGAAAUCAGGAAUGAGACGGCCAGCUCAGAGGUGCUCACGGGUGUGAGUGACCCCAAGACCACCAUGUACUCCUAUGACAGCGCCAGCAUCCAGUACCGCAGGCCGAUGAGCACCCGCGAGGGCUAUGGGCGUGCGCUGGACCGGCAUGGCGCACACAACAAAGGCCGCAUCCGCAGGCGCGCCUCGCAGCUCAAAGUCAAAAUCCCCGACUUGACUGAUGUGAAUUCCAUAGACAAGUGGUCCAGAAUGUUCUUCCCCAUCACCUUUUCUCUUUUUAACGUCGUUUAUUGGCUGUACUAUGUGCACUAAGGUCUGUCCCAAUGGCUCAUAAACGACGACUUUCUUCUCUUGAUUUUUAACCACACAGGUCCCCAGCAGAGAUACUGCUGUGUCUUUUGAGGUAAGAAAUCCAGCCAUCCAAUUUGUUUUAAGUUUUACAUAUUAAUUUUAUUACUGCACCAUGUUUACUUCCAAAAAACAAAAUCAGACAAAGAACUAUUUUUUUUUUUCCAGUCUGCCAUGGUCCAGGUUAUCUGCUCUUUGAGAACUCUAUUAAUGGCCAUGUUUACAAACACAUGCACAGAAGUUAGAUAGAUAGAUCGACAUAGAUCGAUCUUCAACAGUCCUUCCUAGUUGCCCUGGAUUUUUUCAAUUUCUUGUUUAGAUGACAACAAAAGGGACCUAAUUCCCCAUGCAGGCUGCUUCCUGGUAAACUGUAACAAUCUCAAGCUGCCAAAA